ACCAGUGCCGUCUUCUUCUUGUCGCUCCUUUGCGUUUCCUUUUGCGCAUUGCUCGCUCUUUGGAGCCUGAACUGUCUGUGCUUUAACAAGCAACUCCGUGGUUGACUGUGCGGAACACACGGUGGGGCUGCGACCCAUCAUCCCGGCGCACAGCAGUCGCGAGGGACCCAGGAGGAUUGGUGGAGCUUUCGGAAACAAUCAUGGCAGACAGCAAACGCCAGAGUAUGGUAGGAAAGGUUGCGACGCCCAACCUGAAGGCUGGCGGAGUUGCCAGCAAGGAUGUUGGUGAUGCCGAUUCGAACUUAUACAAGGCCGUAGGGUCACGCAUCAAGAUCACAUGCGCGCCCAAUAACAACGUCCUCGAAGGCACUCUCUUCACGGCCUGCAACACCACGAACGCUAUCGCCAUCAACACAGCUCCUGCGCCGCCAAACCCCUCCGCCUCGCUCUCCUCCCAGCCCGGCGACUACCACAUCAUCCCCUUCGCACACAUACUAUCUUUCGAGAUCAUUGGCCUCGGUGAACGAGCGCGAGAGCCCGCCGCUGGGUUCGAUGGCGCAAUCCCAAGCAUUGCGAAGGUCGACAUGGCAGCGUUGAUGGCACGAGAGGAACAGACAAUCCGCGAAAUGAAGAAGAAGGAUGCGCAGAAGGGCAAAGGCGUUAGCGGAGACGCUCAGGAGAUAUUCGACUAUCUCGCUAGGACGCUCCCAACAAGAUGGGCAAAUGACCAGAUCGUCGUUAACGACGCGGUCCUUGUGCAGCCUCCAUACACAUUGGACAGUGUCCGGGCGCCAGCUGGCAAGGAACAGAGCGUGAUCCAGGUGAAGAAGAUCCUCGAGCGUCACUUCCAGAAGAAGGCUACAGCCACGCCUCGCAAAGGCGGCUAAGAAAGCCUCGAACGAAGGAUGCAGCAAAGGCGAGCUAGCAACCAAAUGACUUGCACGUCUGCUUGCAACUUCGGGGGGGUUGUAAGAACACAUUUAAUCUCUUAGUGCACGGACAGUAGGCACCAGAAUG